CUGGGCUCAGCGCUGAAGGAGAUGAAAACAGUUGAAUACAUACUUUCCUUCCCAUUUUCACUUAGAAUGAGGAAAUUGAAGCAAUGGCGGCUAUAUAUGGCGAGGAGUGGUGUGUCAUUGAUGACUGUGCCAAAGUAUUUUGUAUUAGAAUUAGCGACGAUAUAGAUGACCCCAAGUGGACGCUUUGCUUGCAGGUGAUGCUACCUAAUGAAUAUCCAGGUACGGCUCCACCUAUAUAUCAACUGAAUGCUCCUUGGCUUAAAGGGCAAGAACGUGCGGAUUUAUCAAAUAGCCUUGAGGAAAUAUAUAUACAGAAUAUUGGCGAAAGUAUUCUUUACCUGUGGGUGGAGAAAAUAAGAGAUGUUCUAAUACAAAAAUCUCAGACGACAGCAUCAGGCCCAGAGGUAAAGAAGAAAACUGAAGAGGAAGAUGUUGAAUGUGAAGAUGAUCUUAUUUUAACAUGUCAACCAGGAAAUUCAGUUAAAGCACUGGAUUUUGAUAUCAGUGAAAAUCGAACAGGUAUAACAGAAAUAGAAGAAUUACCACCUAUUGAUCAUGGCGUUCCUAUCACAGACCGAAGAAGUACUUUUCAGGCCCAUUUGGCACCAGUAGUUUGUCCCAAACAGGUGAAAAUGGUUCUUGCCAAAUUGUAUGAGAAUAAGAAAAUAGCUAGUGCCACCCACAACAUCUAUGCAUACAGAAUAUAUUGUGAGGAUAAACAGACCUUCUUACAGGACUGUGAGGAUGAUGGGGAAACAGCAGCUGGCGGUCGUCUUCUGCAUCUCAUGGAGAUUUUGAAUGUGAGGAAUGUCAUGGUGGUGGUGUCACGAUGGUAUGGAGGGAUUCUGCUAGGACCUGAUCGCUUUAAACAUAUCAACAACUGUGCCAGAAACAUACUAGUGGAUAAGAACUACACAAAUUCACCAGAAGAUUCAUCUAAGGCUUUGGGAAAGAACAAAAAAGUAAGAAAAGACAAGAAGAGAAGUGAACAUUAAUAGCUGAAGCUCUAUGAAAGGUUAAUUUGCCUAUAACUAUAUACAGAUUCCUCAGUCAUCAAGGAAUAUAUUGUGCAGAGAAAGGAUCCUUGACUGCUCAAGCCAGCUAAUUCAUUGUGGACACCAACAUUAUCUUUUCUUCUUUGGUUAUAUCAUUUGCCAAAAAUAGAAAACUUUUGACAUAUUUAUGUGUGUUUCAGGCUGAUUCUAAAGAAUUAAUUUGAACUUAAUCACCACUUCAUCUACUUUUAGGAAGGUAACAGUUGCCCAGGGCAGUACCUGAAUUAACUGUCCAUUCAGUACAUGUCAAGUGCCUUUGUUAGGUGGGGAAGAAAUGUCUCUAGAGGAUUAUAAAUACAUGAUUUCUUGUCAUUGGGAUCCUCAUUUUGUUAGAUGAAUAUUGCUUUUACCCCCUCUUUAUGGCUUAUUGGAAUAAGAGCUCAUUGAAGAUUGAUCUUAGAGAGUUUCUUCUUGUGAUUUUCGUUCAGAAGUAUGUAACCUUUCAUUUUAUAGUGUUCAUUAUUGAAUAAUGGGUUAAGUGAAAAUUCAGGUAUAUCCAUCUGCAGUUCUGUGCCAAAGUGAUAAUCCAUCUAACAUAUUUGUUAGCGUAAGUGUUGUACCUCACUUUCUGUCACAAGUUGGUGAUUGUGAUUUCAAAAAGUGAUUUUCUUGUUGCUACCAUUUUGUUUAAUUGUUGUAAUAUAAAGUAAUAAAUAUGAAGUGUAGAUAGCCUUUUGUUUGCUCCUAAACUGUAUUGGUGUAAUAUGAUUUUUCUCCAGCAACUUGAAAUUACCUUUCUCUUGUGAUCUUUAUUGAGGAAUUAGAACUAUGCUAGAAUAUGUUAUGGUUAAUGGGACAUUCAUAGAAUGGAACAAAGCUGGCAGAACCACAAUGGGGUAAGGCAAGAGUAUGUCAUGUAGUUAGAGAGCUGUAAGGCCCAUUUCCCACCAACACUCUAGCCAAUUACUUGAUUGGAAAACAAAGAAAAUCACUCUUUUUUCCCCCUCUACUUAUAAAAUCUUCUUUGUCAUCAGUGUUUUAUGUUCCUCCUUCCAUCUGCAAGUUAUAUGAUUUACCUCUAGGCAGCUAGAUAAUAGAUUUAACUGUUCCUUUUCAAACAUUUGUUGGAAGUUAUUAAUUGAUCACAGAUUUGCCAGAGAUUCCCUUGUAAAGGCAACUUGGGAUGGUGCUGGAACAUAGAAAAAAGCAUCAGAGAAAGUGGACACAGGGUUUUUUCUAUUCUCUGAUGUUUUAUUUUUAAAAGAUCCCCACAUCUUUUUUUGAUAUACUUAAUAAAAAUGUAGCAAAUAGCCUUAGACUAGGACAAAUUCUGAGAAAUAAAGCUAAAUUAUAUUUGUUGUGCUUAAUGUUGCCAGGUACCAAGAGUUAUGAGAGGAUGUCCUGUACAUUAGAAUACUUACCUGAGAUUUCCAUGAAAAGUUAAGUAUGCCCUAUGUAUUAACUGUUAAAAUAAUUAUAUAAGUUAAAGACCACAACAGUGGUCUUAACAGUGAAAUAAUUUCACAAAUUUGACAUGGCGAGUCUUUGAAAGAACAUAUAAAACAGGAAGAAUUUAAAAUGAAAUGUGAGUUUAUUUUUCACAACACUGAAUUUGAUUUUUUUUCUUGCUAAAUUAAUGUAGCAUUUAUUUAGGUCUUGAUAAAAAAACACAUUAAUCUGUGAUCUCGUUUUAUUUCCUAAAACAUUAUUAACCACAUUCCCUAACUAAUAAGCCUAAUCUUCUUUCCCAGUGUCAUUUAUUUAGUAAAAGGGAAAGAUCCAAAAAUCUCCAAUUCUGCUGCUUGAGUUAUUUUGAACUCCACUGUUACGGACCCUUAACUAAUGAUAGAAUCUUUUUUCUCUCUUUAAAUUUUAUCUUGGUUAGAGGAUUUUCAAAUUCUUGAAAUAAUUUUCUAUAGCCAAAUCUACGCUGUAGCUUAUUUUAUAGUAUAUUGUUUUUGUUUAAAAUAUUCUCCAUAUGUAAGAACAAGUAACAUUUACUUUUAAAAUAGGCUUAUCAGUCUGAUUUGGAGGUAUGUAUCAUGAAACAGAAACUGAAGAGAAUUAUAUCAAAAUGAUUUCAUUCCAAAAACUAAUAGCAUAAAGAAAGUACUGUUUGGAGAGCAGGUGAAAUUUAUUGAGGACUAUUGUAUUUAGAGAUAAUCAUUAUUAACAUUUGGUAUGUACAUCCUUCUAUUUUUUUCCUAUGCAUGAUUUUGUAUAUAUGGCUAUUUUUUCCUCACAAAAAUGGUAUUAAAUUGUAUAUACUGUUUUGUA